AUGGUCACAAGGGCUGAUAAGGGACAGGUUACGGUAAUAAUGAGCAGAUCGAAAUAUAUUAACCAAGUGAUGGAGAUUCUUGGCGAUUCGACCACUUAUAAGAAAUUAAAGAAUGAUCCAUCGAAACGUAUUACGAAUAGAUUCAGUUCACUUGUUAAAUCUUGGUUUGAUAAUGGUAUUAUUAAUAACAGUACUUAUAAAUGGUUACUUAUGACAGAUGGUAAUUUGCCACGAUGUUAUGGUCUCCCUAAGAUCCAUAAACCUGGCUAUCCAUUACGUGUUAUUGUCUCAACUGUUGACAGUCCUAUUUAUAAUGUUGCACAUUUUUUUCACAAGAUAUUAUCUGAAUCUAUUCCUAAACCUGCAUCGCAUAUACUUGACAGUUGGUCCUUUGUUAAUCGCAUUCACGGAAUGACAAUUGAGCCAUCUGAGUCCUUGAUUUCUCUCGAUGUCACGGCACUUUUUACUAAUGUACCGAAGGAACUGGUCAUGCACGUUAUCGAGAAAAGAUGGGUUUUGAUAAGCGCGAAAACUACACUGAACCUACAGCAAUUUUUACAUGCCAUCGACUUGAUCCUUUGCUCAACCAGUUUUCGUUUUAACGGCCAGUUCUUUGAACAGUUUUUUGGUUGUUUGAUGGGUUCUCCACUUUCACCCACACUUGCUACUUUGGUGAUGGAGGAUUUGGAGUGCUCAUGCAUUGAUUCGUUGCCAUUUGGUAUUAAAGUUUUUUACAGAUAUGUUGACGACAUCUUCGCGAUCUUACCAAGCGACAAAAUCCAGGAAGUGCUUGAUGCUUUUAACGGUUACCAUGAAAGAUUAAAGUUUACUUAUGAGGUUGAGUCUAAUAAUGAGUUGAGUUUUCUUGACACUACCGUUAUCAGGGAUGGCAAGGACCGUCUGAAGAAUGGUCUUAGGACCGGUGUGGUGUACAGAAUUAAUUGUAAUGACUGCGAUGCUUGUUAUAUCGGUCAGACUAAGCUCAGCAAACAUAGGAGUGGUGUGAAUCAUGAAUUUGACUGGCAUAAUGUAGACGUUUUACAUGAAGAAAAGCAUUUGAAGAAACGUGAAAUUGCCGAAAUGUUUUUCAUAAAACGUAAUUUUUAUUCAAUUAAUCUCCAAAGGGACACCGAGAACUGGUCCGGUAUAUACGACACUGUUCUCAAUAACAUGUGGUACUGA